GAAAAGCUAAUCCAAGAUCACUACUCCAAUUGCCUGGAUUCCAGAGUAAAGGGCAUAAUCACAGCUUGAAACCUGGAAGUCAGCAUCCUUGGGAGGCUCAGGCACAGUUCCCCAUCAGUAAAGACAUCUCAGGGCUAGACACUAGCAGCUAAAUCCUGGGAGUAAGAUUCUAGGGUUGGAUCCCAGGAGAAAGGGGAAAACCAAUAGAAAGCAGGGAGCCUUGAUGUCACUUCCUCUUAAAUCCCAGGAGCCAGGCUAAACACAAGACAGGUUGGGACACUACUACAAAGUAAUUCCUCAGGAACCACAGAGGUGGAAUUUCUGCACCCAAAUCAGUCCGCACGGCCUAUGUUACAGUACCCUGUACUCCCCUCCUUACUAUUUUUAGUCAUUUAAGAAUAGUGGGCUGUAGAACCUUCACGUGUAAGCGUUAGCUACUCCAGAGUCCACACAUUUAAUCUGAAAUUACCUGAGUGGGGUUCACCCUCUGGUAGGUUUAUAAUCCCUACGGUGGUAGUGCCCUCCCCUUGGAAGGGACCAGCACUUAAGACGGUGUUAACCUAGAUCAGCAGGGUGCAGAGAGGGAGAGGCUGCAGAAGGCGUGCCAUCCGAGCCGGGAGCAAACGGCUUUCGCAUUAUUCACGGUCUUCACCGUGGUACAAGAGGGCUACUGAUGUCACGUAGUGUUUAUUGAGGGCGUACUUUGGGCCCUCCAUACCCUGUGCCGAAACCGUCUCUCUCCUUCCUGGCGUUCCUCUUCUCGGUUGGGGAGCCCAGGGCGGCGGCUUGGGGACCAGCACCGCCAACACCGGUGACUGCGGAAGUGCGCCGCAGCUCACAGACUCUCGCACUAGAGACACUUCCGCCAGCCACGAGUCCUUCCGGGGCGGGUGUCACUAUGGCGGCGGCCUUGGCUCGGCUCGGACUCCGCUCGGUCAAGGAGGUUCGGGUUCAGUUCUGCCCCUUCGAGAAGAACGUGGAAUCGACGAGGACCUUCCUCCAGGCGGUGAGCAGCGAGAAGGUUCGCUGCACGAACCUCAACUGCUCAGUGAUUGCGGACGUGAGGCACGACGGCUCCGAGCCUUGCGUGGACGUGCUGUUCGGAGAUGGGCAUCGCUUGAUUAUGCGCGGCGCUCACCUGACCGCCCAGGAAAUGCUCACUGCUUUCGCCUCCCACAUCCAGGCUAGGGGCGCGGCGGCGAGCGGGGACAAGCCUAGCGCCAGUACCGGGCGCUGACAGCACGGAAGAGACCAGUCAACAGAUUCUAACCCAAGACUGCUAAGGACACUUAUUUAAGAAGAACUUAAUUACUCAUAUCACUAUCUGGAGGGCCACAGAACGCCAAAAAAAGAAGAGAGGCCUGUGACUACAAGCCUAACCGGUGUUUCUGGGACGAGGAAAGACGGGAGGGGUGCGGAAAUUUUUGAAUUUAUUUCAGUUUCUUACCAUCACUCACUGCUUAACCCUUUUGAAUUUGGCUGCUCCUUCCACUACUCAAGGUACCUCUUACUCUUAUUAGAAAUGCUGUUUUCCCAGUCCUCAUCUUUCCAUUCCAGUCGCAUUUGCCGCUCUUUAUUCACUCCUUGUGGGGCUUCUCUUCCUCUCGGGCCCCUUGUCUUCUCUUGACCAUAAAGGUGUACUGCUCUCCCUCUUAUUUUUGAGGCAUCUUGUCUUCUGUCAUGACUUGAACUAUCCUCUUGGGUAAAAUCCUAUAUUUCUGUUUGGCUCUAAUCUUAAGUUCUGUGCCAUAUAGUCAGGGUACCUACUACCAAUUUUCUCCAAAUUCCAGGAACACUUUUUGUCCAAAAUAAAACUGAUAAUCUUUGCGUGCUGUCUAUAGUGAUCCUUGAACAACGGCAGGUUUGAACUGCAGGGGUGCUCCUGUAUGCUUAUUUUUUAAAUAAAUACUACACGAUCUGUGGUUGUUUGAA